AGUGACAGGUUUGCGCAUGCUCGCCAUGAGGCCGGCCCCAACGGAGGCGGUGUCGCGGUGUUUUGCUACAAGGCCAGUUUCCGCGGGGAGUAGUUUUGCGGGCAUUUGUUUUGGGGAAAGAUGACAUCUUGAUCUUGUGGCCGGGGUCGCCACUGUCCGGCGGCGUCGUUUGGCGCAUUAUUUCCGUUCUCUUUGGACGAUAUCGAUAUGCCUUCUGUCCUCGAUCUCGCCUUGCUUUGGGAACAGGGGUCGUUUGCCACUGGCGGUACCCAUACCCAAUCCGUUACCCUUGCGAACUUGUUCCCAUGCUUUGGCUGGGGUUCUUGGUGUCCAAUUUGUUCGCCCUCUGUUCCCUUAGCAGGGCGGGGUCGAGGAUCCUCCUCGUCAAUUACGAAGUGCAAUCAGCUACGUCGCUCUGAAGAUGAACUACAAGUGCGAUUAUACGACAGAAAUGAAGCUAUUUUAUCAAGUGCAAUAGAUCUGUCUGGGUCCUCUGGAAAAAUGCAGUUGGCUGUCAUGCGGAAUCUGCGUGACGCUGACCGCCCAGAAGCUGCUCUAGCAUGCAGGCAAUGGCACCACAGGUCCUCGCUUCGAGGAGGUUCCUCAGUGCCUAUCCGGCACGAGUAUCAAAUGCAAAAAUGUCUGGGUCUGGAAGAAUGCGCGAUUUGUCAUGCAGCUUUGAUUCCAUGACCAUGACCCAUGAGGUCUGGAAUGCAGCACCUAGCAUGACAGAUUCUGUGCGAUCUCUCUCAUGCCUAUCCUGCGUGACAAACUCCCUCCCGACUUGUGCAAAACUGGACGACCUUUGGUAAUCCUGCAACACAGAUUUUUGCAUGCUUGAGAUUUAGCAUGACAAGUUGCAUUCUUCCAGACCACCCAGACAUUUUUACAAUCCAUAACGAGAAAUUCAAAUUCUUGAUCAUUUUGAAGGCAAGAACUGGGCUGCGUUUUACUUCGCUGUCCAUGGUGGAUUGGAGAUUUUUUUGUGGUCUGAAAAAAUGCGCCUCACAAGUAAGUUUCCAUCGUUCCAGAAGACCAGACAUGUUUGCAAUUGGUAGAGAUGGAUGGAAGACGAUAUCUUGCCACAACAAUGACGAGCAUGGAAAAAUUAUUCUCCAAGAAAAAAACUGCGUUUAGUCGAGUGACUCGGUUUUUUAUGUGAACGCCAUCACGAUAAAUCUGCAUCUGCUUUACACUACAUUUAUAUAAUAUACAGACAAAGGUUACUACUGUCCUGCGCCGCGAGUAAGGAAGAGCUAAGUUAGUAUGACGCAUGACAUAAACCAAAACCAAGUCUGAUGGAUAUCGUGGCGGCGCAUCAAUACCAGUGUUAUACUUCUUGUGCAUUUUGCAUCACAGACACUAAUGCACUUCCGCAGUUUUUUCUUUCAUAAUUGUUCAAAACUCGGGUACGGGUAUGACCUCGUGGACCGUACACGGUUCGCAAUCUGCAACAUCAAGUGCAAAUGUGUCUGGCGUGUCUUCGGAAAGUAAACUUGGGCUCGUUCUUUGUCAUGCAGCUCGAAAGAUGAACUCAGAGUCAGAACCAGAGCCAGAUUUCGUCCUUCAUGAUUAGUAGAUAAAAGUAGUAAAAGGCGUCGGUCGAGGUUCUUCUGCGAUGAUUGUAAUGCGCGCCUUAUCCCCGCCUUGGCAUUACGAAUAAGCCGCGUUCAUCGCCGCGCAGGCUCGUACAGGAAUAUGUACUGUCGUUUUGGUGAUCAAAAAAAGCAGUAACGACCCAGACACACUAGCAGUUGAUAUGCAACUUCGUACUCACGCGGAUACGCUACGAGAUCAAGAUGAUCAAACAAAUUCAAAUCUUUCUCUUUGCUCAAGUUCACGAACCACUCGAGUCAAAUUCUGGCGAAUCAUGAAAAUAACGCACCUAUGGAUCAGCAGACGACCAGGCAUGAGCAGGUAACAAAUCAUGUAUGUGAUGAAAAAAUUGCGGAGGUUGAGAACAGGAUCUCUCUGCUUUUUCUGAAGAUCCACCCGAAAAUGC